GGAUGAGGAGAAGCCGAGUGAUGGGGGAGGAGAGAUAAGUGGCUGCUUCAGAGCUACAUAAAUAAUUUCCCCUCUGAACGGGACAAUUCUGCAUUUCCUUGCCAGGUUCUGUCAGACUGGUGUUUACUGGCGGGAAACUAGGAAGAGCUGGUUCUUGGCCCUUGGAUUUUGACAGUUGUUGGGAGAGGUGGAGCCCAUUUUAGUAGGUCUCUUUGAAAAAGCCCAGCAAGAUGCCAGGCCUGCUCUCAGUCUCCUUCCAUCUUCUCCUUCUCUUCAAGUUGGUUGCCCCGGUGACCUUCCGCCACCACCACUAUGACGAGCUUGUGCGGACGCUGUACAAGGUGCACAACGAAUGUCCCUACAUCACGCGGGUGUACAGCAUCGGGCGCAGUGUGAAGGGGAGACACCUCUACGUGCUGGAAUUCAGCGACUACCCUGGGAUCCACGAGCCCUUGGAGCCGGAGGUCAAGUACGUGGGAAACAUGCACGGCAACGAGGUGCUGGGCCGCGAGUUGCUGCUGCAGCUGGCCGAGUUCCUGUGCGAGGAGUUCCGGAACGGGAACCAGCGCAUCGUGCGGCUGGUGGAGGGCACGCGCCUGCACAUCCUGCCGUCCAUGAACCCCGACGGCUACGAGGUGGCCGCCGCCCAGGGCGCAGACAGCUCUGGGUAUCUGGUUGGCAGGAACAAUGCAAAUGGAGUGGACUUGAACCGCAACUUCCCCGAUCUCAACACCUACAUCUACUACAAUGAGAAACACGGAGGCCCUAACCACCACUUGCCCCUUCCAGACAACUGGAAAAGUCAGGUGGAACCCGAGACCCAGGCUGUGAUCCAGUGGAUCCGCUCCUUCAACUUCGUUCUUUCGGCCAAUCUCCAUGGAGGGGCAGUGGUGGCCAAUUACCCGUAUGACAAAUCCCUUGAGCAUCGGGUCCGAGGGUUCCGCCGCACUGCCAAUACCCCCACGCCCGACGACAAGCUUUUCCAGAAGCUGGCCAAGAUCUACUCAUAUGCACAUGGAUGGAUGCACCAAGGUUGGAACUGUGGGGAUUACUUCCCAGAUGGCAUCACUAAUGGGGCUUCCUGGUAUUCUCUCAGCAAGGGAAUGCAAGACUUUAACUAUCUCCAUUCCAACUGUUUUGAGAUCACGUUGGAACUGAGUUGUGACAAGUUUCCUCGCCAAGAGGAAUUACAGCGUGAGUGGCUGGGUAAUCGGGAAGCCCUCAUCCAAUUCUUGGAACAGGUACACCAGGGCAUCAAGGGAAUGGUGCGUGAUGAGAAUUAUAAUAACCUUGCGGAGGCUAUCAUUUCUGUUAGUGGGAUUAACCAUGAUGUCACUUCAGGUGACCAUGGCGAUUACUUCCGGCUGCUGCUUCCAGGUACCUACAUUGUCACUGCCACAGCACCUGGGUUUGACCCAGAGACAGUGACUGUGACCGUGGGCCCUGGGGAACCCAAACUGGUUAACUUCCUUCUCAAGAGAAGCAUCCCUCAAGCAACCCCAACGAGGCGAGUUCCCAACUCAGGACCUGGAGACAGAGUACCAAAGCCAGUGUAGCCCCGGGUCAGCUAGGAAGGAGGAGGUGGAGAUGACGCAGCCCCAGAGCGCUCCUGCCUGAGAUCCACAGUGCUGGGCCCGCUUGUUAGAAAGGCUUGCUCCUGCUUUCCCAUCAGAUGAAGCUAUCUUUCUAUUUUAUUAUCUGGGACAUAUGUAAACAUAAACACAUUCAGAACAACUCAGAAUGGUCUCUGUUCCCAGAGUUAGAUCCUCUGAUGUGGCAGUGCAUCCAUCCAGCAGUAUUCAGUAAGAUUUUCUGAUUCUGGGGCUAUGGUUUGGAUCCAGAAGUCGCCACGUCGGUCCACGCAGCAUCUGGAGACCAGUUCCGGCUGGUUGGCCACUCUACCUCCAGAAUCUAGCCCCGAGCCUGCAGCACAGCAGGCACGCAAGGGAGAUUUCUGAAUGAAUGGCUCAAAGGCUGAGAUGAUUCAUCAUUGAUGUUGUUCCCAUAGCGAGGCCAGGUGACCAAGUCUUCUGAAAUCCUGGAGGACUAUUUCAACAACAGCCAAUAGUUUCUUAAUAAGACAAGGAUUUCACACACGA